AGAAGAAGAAGACGCACAUCAACGCUUCCGGUGUGUUUUGUAAAGUAAAGUUCUCCGCGCGCGCGUCGUCUGCUGGAGUUGAUCGGGUAACCGGAAUCAUGUUGAUCAUCAGUAACAGGAUUAAAUUGUGCUCGCUCGCGUUCACCGCGGCGCGCAUGUAUACCACCGGAGCUCAGGCCAACAACAAUCCGGUGGUGUUUUUUGACAUCGCGGCGGAAAACGAACCGCUCGGCAGAGUCACCUUCGAACUAAACGCGGAUGUUGUACCCAAAACAGCAGAGAACUUCAGAGCUCUGUGUACUGGUGAACAUGGAUUUGGAUACAAGGGCUCCAUCUUUCAUAGAGUUAUUUCACAGUUCAUGUGUCAGGGUGGAGAUUUUACAAACCACAAUGGAACUGGAGGAAAAUCCAUAUACGGCCCGAGAUUUCAAGACGAGAACUUUAGACUGAAACACACCGGACCAGGUAUUCUGUCGAUGGCUAAUGCUGGACCCAACACAAACGGAUCUCAGUUCUUCAUCUGUACAGUUAAAACGGACUGGUUGGAUGGUCGUCAUGUCGUCUUCGGCAGUGUGAAAGAUGGAAUGGAUGUCGUGAGGAAGGUCGAGGCGUUGGGUUCGCGCUCGGGAAGAACCGCCAAGAGAAUCAGUAUCACCGACUGCGGAGAACUCAAGUAGAGAGAACAAGUCAAGGCAUUUCAUACACGGCUCAUCUUAACAGAUGUGUGUUUGUUUGUUUUCACCGUUCUGCUCUUUAAAAGGGCCAGAAACCUGAUAAUGUGAAAUUUAGACACUGGAGUAAAGAGGACAGUUUACCCUUACCCUUAAAUUCAGCCUCAUGUCGGUACUCUAAUCUUGUUGAUUUAAGAACACAAAAGUGGUUCAGAAGAGUGAGUAAAUAAUAAUGACUGUUCUCAUUUUAGGGUGCACUGUAACUUUAAAUAACAUCUACUGUGAACGUGAUUUAACAACAUCAUUUUCAGACAUUCAUACGUGUGUUUGUGUAAUCUGGACUGAGUAAACAUCAUAUCAAAGUUAAUGACUGAUGAUAUAAUAUUUUACACUGUUUUGCACUGUACAAGUUGUGGACAGACUGGAUCAGUGUUUUAAUGAUCAGUUUAAAGUAAAAAAAGCCAUAAAGCAAUAAAGAAACAUUUUCUU